AUGACGGGCCAUGUGCAUCACCCGUGGCAUCAACUAGCAAUCCUGGACCGGAGGCUGGAGGGUGAGAGGGUGACACGCCUUCAUUGGGCUGUUUCGCACGCCGCUCGCAGCCUGCUGGUGCCAGCCUCGCGUUCUCCUCGUAGCUCAUCCGACGGACAGUGGACGGGCGACGACGGGGCCAAGUUGCUUACAAGCAGUUCGGCUCAGCUGCUGGUCAGCUUUCCGGCGAGCUGCUUGGACUCAGGAGACCACGCCUGGCAUGAAACAUCUGCACAUAUGGGCUCGAGGUCCCGCACAAGGCUGCGCUACGGUUGCCGGAUGCUCAACUCAGCAGCUUCUGGUGCAGCAGGCUCGUAA